AUGGACGCGCACUUCCCCUCGCCGCCGGCCAACCUCGUCGUGCUCGCCGGCAACGCGCACGACACGGCCGCCGUGGCCGCGUGCCUUGCCCACCCCUUGGACCCGGCGCGCCUCGUCGACGCCAUCCACGUAUCGGUCGGCGGGCAGCUGAACCUGCGCACGCGCACGCUCGACGACCCGACCGUCUGCGACCGCGCGACCGAGUGCGUGCUGGCGGCGCUGGCGAGUCUCCGCGGAGCCGGUCGCGAGGGGCGGCCGCUGUACACGGCCAUCAGCACCACGGGCGUCUCACGCUUCGGCCGCGAUGUGCCGCUCGGCAUGCUGCCCAUGUACUGGUGGCUGCUGCGCCAACCGCACGCGGACAAGGAGAGGAUGGAGGCGCGGUUGGCGGCGAGCGGCGAGCGGGUGCUUAUGGUGCGGCCGAGCUUCUUGAAGGACGAGGUGCGGCCGGAGAGGCGCGUGCGCGUCGGCGUGGAGGAUGUGGUCGAGGGCGUCGAGGUCAAGCAGGUUGGGUAUUUCAUCUCCAAGGAUGACGUCGCGCGCGGGGUGCACGAAAAUCUGCUGCGGGAGCCGGACGGGUGCAAGUAUGAGGGCAAGGCGGUGUCGCUUUCGUGGUGA